GCGUGCAAGGCGGCCGGAGAAAGCGUAAGAUGUUUUGGGGGGCGUAGCGCUGCGCUGAGAUGGGGAACACCAAGCAGAAUCCCCCGUAUUCACCAUCACAUUGCGCAUUGUACGUGAAGCCUCACGCACUGGGUGCAGGAGAAGAGAAUUAGCCUCAGCAGCUGAUUUGCGCUGCAGGAUUUGCUCUCUUUAUCCGUCUCCCACCCACAUCCCAGCCUGAAAUAAAUCCGUCCCGCCGAUUCUAUCAAUUCUCUACCUUCUCGCAAACAAACAAGGACCAUGCUGACCAGCAUAGCGGAACGUAUUAUGUACUGCCUGACUGGCAAGACUCCGAAUUCUGUUGGUCCUGUGGAUAUCUCGGAGACCAGUGAUGGCUAUGAUUAUUUAGAGGUGAAACCUGGCAGGGUCCUAAGAGUACGUCAUAUUUUGCCCAUCCGGCCAGCAGGUGGAGAAGAAGUAGAAUGUGAAGAAGGGAAAAAUCCAGGACAGGGGUUGAUCCACUGCAAACGUCGUAUUACUGUCUAUCGUAAUGGGCAGCUGGUGAUAGAAAACCUUGGUGCCGCUCUUCGAUCUGAAAUUCUUCAUUGCCGAAAUGGAAACUUAGAGCCUGUUGGGACAGUAGAGGUGGAGAUGUCUGAUUUCACUAGCUCUGGCACUGAAGGGGUAACAGGCAAAGAGUGUGAUGCACCUUCUGGAAAACGAAGAAAACGCAAGCCAAAGAAGGUUGUGGUGGUUGAUAGCCAAAGACAGGUAACUGGCUGUAAAGGCACCCAUUCUGAUGUGGUCUUGUUCUUUUUCCAUGGAGUUGGAGGUUCUCUUGACAUAUGGAAGGAGCAGCUGGAUUUCUUCUCCAAACUUGGCUAUGAGGUAGUUGCACCAGAUUUGGUAGGGCAUGGAACCAGCUCUGUCCCACAUAUUGGUGCAGCUUAUACCUUUUAUGCACUUGCAGAGGACAUGAGGUGCGUGUUCAAACGCUACGCCAAGAAGCGGAACAUCUUAGUGGGACAUUCAUAUGGAGUCUCCUUCUGCACUUUCCUAGCCCACGAAUAUCCUGACUUGGUCCACAAGGUGGUCAUGAUAAAUGGGGGUGGUCCCACUGCACUAGAGCCCAGCCUGUGUUCCAUCUUUAAUAUGCCGACGUGUGUUCUGCACUGCCUGUCACCAUGCCUCGCCUGGAGCUUUCUCAAGGCUGGCUUUGCCCGACAAGGUGCCAAAGAAAAGCAGCUCCUCCGGGAGGGUAAUGCCUUUAAUGUGUCAUCCUUCGUCCUACGCGCCAUGAUGAGUGGUCAGUACUGGCCAGAAGGGGAUGAGGUAUAUCAUGCAGAGCUCACUGUCCCAGUCCUUCUGGUGCACGGGAUGCACGACAAAUUUGUUCCAAUAGACGAGGAUCAAAGAAUGGCAGAGAUCUUGCUGGUAUCUUUUCUAAAGGUGAUAGAAGAAGGCAGUCACAUGGUCAUGCUGGAGUGCCCAGAAACUGUUAAUACUCUACUCCACGAGUUCUUCCUAUGGGAACCAGAGGGGCAGAAUGAAGGAGUAGAGUAAGGUGGAAGAGAGUGAAGAUGAUGUAAGAUCAGCAGGAGACAGAAGGGAGAUUUAUCUGGUGUUAAUUCAAAUAGUGGAGGUGUUCUAAGCUUGAGAAGAUGCACUGGGGUCUACAUAUUGGCCAAGGUGUUUGGCAAAGAGGAAGGUUUAAAAGGAGAAUACUGUUCCAGAAAAUUCAGCAACCUUGUUUAGGGUUGAAGGUGUUGACAGUCUCUCGUUCAUUUUCAACAAUAAGUUGUUGGGCCUUUGAAAAGGUUUGGCUAAGAUCCAUCAAUGGAACGCACAUCGGACUGUUAAAGGAGGGUGGUUUAAAAACAACUUGAAAUCAUUUUACAAAUACCGAGAAGUGGAAGAGAGAACUUACGUGGCAACAUAAUCUUUAUCUGUGCUAACGAAAACAAAGAUGUUAAAUUAAAACUUCUAAAUAUCUGUCUCUGAACUUAGGUAAUCACAGUUUACCCCUUUAAUGGCAGGGAAGAACUGCAGGCAGUACAUGGGCUACAUUAGUCAGAAAAAAAUCCAUAUUGCGUAUUAAACCCAGUGGGCAAUAAAAUGUCUUUAAUGUAGAAAUGAUGUAGAAAAUAACUGUACAAAUAAAACAAAAAUGUCUAUAUCAUA